CCUCACUCUCCCGCCCCUCGCAGCGGCCCGUUCUCUCCACCGCACCUCACCCGGCGGCGGCGGCAGCGGCAGCGGCAGCGGCAGCGGCAGCAGCAGCAGCGGCAGCGGCGGCGACCCGAGCAGCAGUGAGCGCGGGAGCAGGCGGCCUGGAGGAUGAAGUGCAAGCCGAACCAGACGCGGACCUACGACCCGGAGGGCUUCAAGAGGCGGGCGGCGUGCCUGUGCUUCCGGAGCGAGCGCGAGGACGAGGUGCUGUUAGUGAGUAGCAGCCGGUACCCGGACCGCUGGAUCGUGCCGGGCGGGGGCAUGGAGCCCGAGGAGGAGCCGAGCGGCGCGGCCGUCCGAGAGGUGUACGAGGAGGCGGGAGUCAAGGGGAAGUUAGGCCGGCUCCUGGGCGUCUUCGAGCAGAACCAAGAUCGCAAGCACAGGACCUACGUGUUCGUCCUGACUGUCACUGAGGUUCUGGAGGAUUGGGAAGAUUCGGUGAGCAUUGGGAGGAAGCGAGAGUGGUUCAAAAUCGAAGAUGCCAUCAAGGUCCUCCAGUGCCACAAGCCCGUGCAUGCCGAAUACCUGGAGAAACUAAAGCUGGGCGGUUCCCCCACCAAUGGAAACUCCGUGGCCAGGUCCGUGCCCAGGAGCGACCCCUAGU